UUGAUUUACUCUAAGUGCUUGCUUAGUACAGGUAAUAUUUUUUCCUCGGAAGAACACCAGAUUCGGAAGCUUGAAUCGUCGGCGAUGUUGACGACAUCUUCCCUACCACUCCUUUCCCAUCAGCAUCAGCAGCCUUUACAGUUGCCCCCUUCAGUCUCGCACCCAUUGUCCUCCCCCCAGUCCUCAUCGUGCCUAGUCAUCGCCACGCGAUAUAGCCCUAGCCUUACACGGCAUUGCCCUAGUAUUCGGCAUGAGAACUUCUACCAUCACCUCUCAGACUCUUCAUUGGGGUGUUACGGGAAUUCCGAUGGAAGAUGCUAUUCUACAUCUUCAGGAAGGAGAAUGCUUUUAUUUAUGUCGUCAAUAUCCUUUUUGUUUCCUCCACAUGCUUUGCCAGAAAAGUUACAUGUAGCCGAGUUGUUGACAAUUCAAAAUAGUUUGAGGGCUGUCUUGUCCAAGGCUAAAGCUGCUGGCAUGCUUCGCAUGGCCUUCCAUGAUGCUGGAACAUAUGAUACGAAGGAUCGCUCAGGUGGCAUGAAUGGAUCUAUACUUUAUGAACUCGAUAGACCUGAAAAUGCUGGUCUUGGUAAAAGUUUAAAGAUCUUGGAGAAAGCGAAGAAGGAAGCUGAUGAAAUUCACCAAGUAUCCUGGGCGGACUUCAUUGCGGUGGCUGGGGCUGAAGCGGUCUUUCUAUGUGGAGGUCCAGCAAUUCCUGUUAAAGUAGGCCGGCUAGAUGCGAGGAAACCUGAUCCCGUGGGGAAACUUCCCCUUGAAACAUUGGAUGCAUUUGGUCUAAAAAGCUGCUUCCAGAAAAAAGGCUUCACGACCCAAGAACUUGUUGCAUUAUCUGGAGCCCAUACACUAGGAAGCAAAGGCUUUGGAAAUCCUAAUGUGUUUGAUAAUACCUACUACAAAAUUCUUCUUGAGAAACCAUGGGCAUCUUCAGGUUCCAUGUCAAGCAUGAUAGGGUUGCCAUCAGAUCACGCUCUUGCAGAGGAUGAUGAGUGUUUGAGGUGGAUCAAAGUUUAUGCAUCAGAUCAAGUGAAAUUUUUUGAUGAUUUUUCAAGCGCAUAUAUCAAACUCGUGGAUUCAGGUGCUGUGUGGCGAAGUGAGCAAGUCUGAUGCUACAUCUGAGGUAAUUGCAAAUGUUACCUAAGCUGAAUGAGCUUUGAUGAUACAAAUAAGGAAAAUUUACAUGCAUACCUCAAUUUAUAUGUAUUUACAUAUCUGACACC